AUGAGGCCACGAAGAGUUUUUGGGAUUUCUGUUUCUUUGAUUAUAAUUAACUUAGCCUCUAUAAUGGAGCAUGCUGACGAGAAUCUUCUUCCAUCUGUAUAUAAAGAAGUAAGUGAAACGUUUAAGGCUGGACCAACUAAUCUGGGCUACUUAACGUUUAUAAGAAACUUCGUUCAAGGUCUAGCAUCUCCAUUGGCUGGAAUCUUGGUACUAACCUAUCCCCGACCCAUUAUUCUUACAAUGGGCACACUUUGUUGGGCAUUAUCUACAUUUGCUGUUGGUGGUAGUCGCUAUUAUAUCCAAGUUGCUUUUUUACGGGCUAUUAAUGGAUUUGGAUUAGCAAUUGUUAUUCCAGCUUUACAAUCGUUUAUAGCUGAUACUUAUAGUGAUAACGUGAGGGGGACAGGGUUUGGAUUUUUGAAUCUUGUUGGAUUGAUUGGUGGCAUGGGUGGUGGUGUGGUGGCUACUGUCAUGGCUGGUCAUGAGUUUUGGGGGGUAGCCGGAUGGCGUUGUGCUUUCUUUCUGAUGGCCGGGUUGAGUUGCUUGAUUGGAGUUCUUGUGUUCUUUUUCGUUGUUGAUCCAAAAAGGCUAACUACAGUUGAUGGUGACACAAAAGAAAUUUACUCUGAAAGGAAUGCAUUGCUAGAACAAGAGCAUGAGUCUGGUUAUGGUUCUAUUUGGGUUGAAUCAUGGAAAGCCAUGAAACUCGUGAUAAAAGUUAAAACAUUUCAGAUUAUUGUCCUACAGGGUGUUGUUGGUUCAUUCCCAUGGACUGCCAUGGUAUUUUUCACUAUGUGGUUCGAACUAAUUGGUUUUGAUAACCAAAAGGCUGCAGCUCUUGUGAGUCUUUUCGGGAUAGGAACUGCUUUUGGUUCACUUCUAGGAGGGAUUAUAGCGGACCAGUUGUCAAAGAUGUACCCUUAUUCGGGCCGAGUUAUGUGUGCACAAUUCAGUGCAAUCAUGGGGAUCCCUUUAACCUGGUUUCUCUUGCUAGCAAUCCCACAAUCAGUCGAUAAUUACUUCAUAUAUGCAGUCACACUUCUUUUUAUGGGCCUUACAAUAAGCUGGAAUGGGCCUGCUUGCAACGCACCAAUGUUUGCAGAAGUUGUCCCAACCAAACACCGAACCAUGAUCUAUGCGUUUGAUCGUGCAUUUGAAGUGUCAUUUUCAUCCUUUGCUGCUCCCAUUGUGGGGAUCCUAGCAGAGAAGAUUUACGGGUAUGACUUGGAAACUGUAGACCCCAUAUCUGAGUCCAGCAGCAAUGCGUUAGCGUUGUCAAAAGGGCUUUUUGUGAUGAUGGUUCUUCCGUUUGGUAUAUGUUGCUUGCUGUACACCCCUUUGUAUUGGGUUUUCAAGCUUGAUAAUCAAAAUGUAAGAAUGAGUUCUAUAAAAGGAGAAGUGAUCUAA